AUGGCCUCCCGAAGCCUGGGGGGCCUGAGCGUGAGUCGCGGCGGCGGCAAGAAGAGCCUUAGCGCCCGCAAUGCUGCGGUAGAGAGGAGGAACCUCAUCACCGUGUGCAGGUUUUCUGUGAAGACCCUAAUUGAUAGGUCCUGCUUUGAAACAAUUGAUGAUUCUUCUCCUGAAUUUAACAAUUUUGCAGCUAUUUUGGAGCAGAUUCUAAGUCACAGACUAAAAGAGAUUUCCCAAAGUUGCAGAUGGCUGGCUCAUCUCCAAAUACCUCUUCAAGGUCAAAUAACCUGGUUUGGUUAUGAAAGUCCUCGAAGCUUCUGGGAUUAUAUUAGAGUGGCUUGCCGGAAAGUCUCACAGAAUUGUAUCUGCAGCAUUGAAAAUAUGGAAAAUGUCAAUUCCUCUAGAGCCAAGGGCAGAGCCUGGAUCAGAGUAGCACUCAUGGAAAAACAUUUAUCUGAAUACAUCUCAACUGCUCUGAGAGACUUCAAAACAACCAGGAGAUUUUAUGAAGAUGGAGCAAUUGUCUUGGGUGAGGAAGCAAAUAUGCUUGCUGGAAUGCUGCUUGGACUCAAUGCUAUUGAUUUCAGCUUCUGCCUAAAAGGAGAGGGAUUGGAUGGCAACUUCCCUGCUGUAAUAGAUUAUACACCAUAUCUGAAGUUUACCCAAAGUUCUGAUAGUAUCAGCAGUGAUGAGGAAGAGCUAAGGACUUUGGGCAGCAGUGGUAGUGAAAGCAGCUCUCCAGAGACUAUUGGACCUCCUUUCAUCAUGGAUGAGAAUAGUUGGUUCAACAAGUGUAAGAGAGUUAAACAGAAGUUCCAACUUACCCUGGAACAGAAGGGUUAUCUUGAAGAACUCUUAAGACUUCGAGAGAACCAACUAUCUGAAUCAGUCUCCCAGAAUAAAAUACUACUUCAAAGGAUUGAAGAUUCUGAUCUGGCUCAUAAAUUGGAGAAGGAACAAUUAGAAUAUAUAAUUGUGGAGCUUCAAGAUCAGCUGACUGUGCUAAAGAAUAAUGAUUUAAGAUCAAGACAAGAGUUAACUGCCCACCUCACCAACCAGUGGCCUUCCCCAGGAGCUCUGGAUGUCAAUGCUGUUGCCUUGGAUACGUUGCUUUACCGAAAACACAAUAAACAGUGGUAUGAGAAAAGUUAUCAUAGUCUUGACCAGUUAUCAGCUGAAGUUAGCCUUUCUCAGACCUCACUGGAUCCAGGCCAGACGCAAGAAGAUGGAAAACAAGACACAUUACAUUUAAUAAGUGAAGGUAAAGAAGACACUCCUUCAUUACUUGGUCUCUGUGGCUCUCUAACAUCAGUGGCAAGUUACAAGUCACUAACAAGUCUAAAAUCUAAUGACUACCUUGCAAGCCCUACAGCAGAGAUGACAAGUCCAGGCUUAACUCCAUCCUGA